UUAGAGCAGCUCGACCUCGCGCGGCAAGCAGCAAGGGACGCGAUCGCACUAGCGCAGGAAGAGCAAGCGAAAGCUUAUAACCGAGGAAGGAAGCCCGCACCAGUGUUCGCCGAAGGAGAGCGGGUGCUUGUCAACCCGCACUCGCUCGAAUGGGUGGAGUCGAAGGGGAAGCCCAAGCUCAAGCAGCGGUGGAUCGGCCCGUUCGAAGUCGCGCAAAGAAUCAGCCCUAACACGUACCGCUUGCAUAUGAACGACAAGUAUCCAGGCUUCCCCGUCUUCAACAUA